UGCCUUCAUUGAACACGUACGUUUGUUCAUUUCCUCGAUCUGCAGUCUGCGGUGCAAAAACUAGCUACACGGGCAAAAAAAAAAAUGUGUCCUUCUGGUACAAGCCUACGUGCCGAGGUCACCGAGAGCUCGUCUUUGCGGCCAGCUUUCAACGUGCUCGACGUCGACCGAGACGGCAAGAUCAGCCGUGACGACCUUCGCACGUUCUACGCAGGGUUUUCGAGCGGAGGAGCCGAUGAAGACGCUAUAAAGUCGAUGAUAUCGGUGGCGGAUAUCAACAAAGACGGGUUCGUGGAGUACGACGAGUUCCAACGCGUUUUGGGUGCUCGGAGAAGGUCACCACAGGCACGUGGUGGUAGUGGUGAGAUUAUGGGAGACGUGUUUAGGAUCAUGGACAAGGAUGGGGAUGGGAAGCUGAGCCAUGGCGAUUUGAAGAGCUACAUGGAGUGGGCUGGAUUCGCUGCCAGUGAUGAAGAUAUUAGAGCUAUGAUUGCAUUGGCCGGUGGUGAUGAAAAGGGUGGGGUGUCCUAUGACGGUUUGCUCAAGAUAUUGGCCAUUGAUUUUAGCUCCUAGUCUUCCCGUCCUUGGAAUCUUGAAAUUUUCAGAGUUUUGUUCAUCUCUGUCCUAUUAGAUUAAGUUUUGUAUUAUAUUCAACAGACUUCUGUUGGGUGUCACGAGCCGUUCCAGGCGAAGACGCGGUCGUUUUGGGAUUUGACUGGUAGGCGUGCCUUAAUAUAAUUUAUGGUAUUUUUUUUUUUUUUUGUAAAAGGUUAAAGAAUACUCGUUUCCUUUUUUAUUGAAUUGUAGAAUAAAGUCCUUAAAAUGAAAUGGACUAUUCUAAUGAAACAGUUAUUUCUUUA